GAGAAGAAUUGCUGGCUUCCGUAAUUCAAAUUGAAAUCGACGUCGUUCUGUCUCUGAAAGACAAAGGUGUGCGGCACCUGGUCUCGCUGCAUAAACUCUCUGCACGCUGGGACGCCGCGCGGCACUUGGUGACUUCUGGAAACUCUCUGGAUGCUGGGACGUCGCGGCUGGACCGCGGCUGGACCGCUGGACGCUGCGCUUUGGCGCUUGAUAACUCUCUGUACGCUGGGACGACGCAGCUGCGGCUGUUUCGCGUGGCAGGAAAGAUCAUCGCUGCCGGCCUGCUGCAGAUCAGUAGGUGCCUUGGACAUGCUGAACUGAGGACAAAAGACUCUGAUGGAAAGGCGAUUGAGGAUGGCAUGAAGCCCCUCCUGAACAUCCAGAAGGGAAGCUUGGCCUUGAGGGUGCAGGAUGACGUCGAAGAUGAAGAGGCCUUCGCCGAGGAAGAUCUUGUUGACUAUGAGGGGACAGAGGUGCUGGAUGUGGUCGUGGGAAAGGCAGUUCAAUCCAAAAGCCCAAAGAAGGAUGCCGGCGCAGCGAGCCGGAAGAAACUAUAUUUUGUGCUGCACAACCGCAUCGAGUCUGAUGAUGAGGUUCAUGACCCCUUGGCAGUCCUUGCAAAUGACAAGAUCCCUGCAGAGACCUAUGAAAGUGCCGAGCUCUUUGACUCUGCCAGCGUCUACGCCACGAUGGCAUCAGCUCUGGAGGAUGGGCCCAUCUCCAAGAAGCCACCGGGAUUUUCAACAAGAGGAGCCUUGCGAGGUCAUGGAAAUGGCUUUGACGAACAAGCCAAUGGCGUAGAUGGUCUCCCUUCCUUGACUCAGCACCCCAGCGCCAUGGAAGCAACAAGGAUCAUUCAGGUUUCACUCCAGCAAGAUCCUCAAGAUUUUGAACAUGCUUCUGUUACUUUUUGCGAUGUGAUGAUGGCUGAAGCUGCUGAUGAACAACGCGAUGACCUUGUGGAUUUUUCUGACGAUCCUGCUGAUGUCACCGUGAACUAUGCACUCACAGCUUCAGAUGCCCCUGGACUUGCCAUCUUGGACAGUGGCUGCACACGAACAAUGCAUGGCAGCAAGUGGUCUUCCGCUGUCGAAGAUGCCCUGAAGAAGUAUGGGCUGGAGCGGCAAACCAAGACCAAGCUUCAGCCCUUCAGCGAGACCGUUUCUGAGCAGGAGCUUGGAACCAUCAUUGACCUUGCUAACAACACCGUUUCUUACAAGACGUUGGGCAUUGAGAAUCUUGCCUUGAUCAAGACAUCACGUGGACACAUGGCCGUAAGCCCAUGCUUUGCCAUUCCCAAGCUGGAAGCUACAGAUUGGAUUUUCUCCGUAGAGGGAAACAAGCUCCAGACACUGUGCAACAUCUUGGAGUCUAAAGAUUUGUCUCGGACUCGCAAACUUCAAGGUCGAGAGCGACCGCAUUUCACCCAAGCCUUUCCUGCUGCAAAGCCCUGGGUCAAGCAGCUGUUCGCCAGCCAGUACUUGCACGCCUUCACCAAGACAUGGCUGCUGAAGACCCUUACCUCACAGUCAUCGCCCAUCCGUGUGGCCCUCCGUGAUGGUGCAGUUGCUGAGACGGUCCGAGACCUCCGAGAGGAUUCAAAGAUUCACCUCACCCUGGUCAGCAAGGUGAUCAAAGACCGGGUGAACGCCAAUGAGCAACCCUAUGGCUCUGACAGCAUUGAGAAGCCAGAGAUGGCUGAUGUUAGGGCUUUGGGUGGAAUAUGGUUCUCUGUUGGCACUCGAGAUCGAUGGAUGUCAGGCCCUUACCUUGUUUACGAUGAGCCGUGGGAAGACUAUUGUCCAGAACUACAAGCCUCUGUGAAGCGCCUUCGCCUCCAGCGACUGCGCGAUGAGCCAAGCGAUGUUGAAGCCGAGAUGAGCGACUUCAGGGCCCUCGUUGGAUUGAAAUCCCAAAAUGGCUAUGUGAUGACUGGUGCAAUCUACGGUGCGUCUCUUCUGCGUGAGAUCUUGAAGCCUGGCAUCGACAUCACUAU